AUGUUUAAAGAGGGAAUACUUACUGAUUGUGUUAUCGAGAUUGGAAACGAAUCAAUAAAUACACACCGAUUUAUUUUGGCUAAAAAUAGUGUUGUAUUCCAAAAAAUGUUUGAACAAAUGGGAAUGACUGAAGCACAAAAUGGUAAAAUAAAAAUUGUUGAUUCUUCUCCAGAAUGUUUUAAAGCAAUGCUGGAAUAUUUUUAUAGUGGAGAAAUUGAUAAAAAAACAAUUGAAAAAUAUUCGGAAGAUUUAUUUUCUAUUGCACAUAAAUACGAAGUAAAACAAUUAAUGCAAAUUUGUGAAAAUUAUAUGGCUGCAAAUAUCGUUGCUGAAAACUUUGGGAAACUCUGUCUUUUUGCCGAGUUUUAUCAUCUUUCUAAACUUGCAAAGGCAUGUAUUCACUUCCUUUCUGCUAAUAAACAAAGCUUCCUUGUCAGUAAAGAAUGGAAAGAAUUUAAAUCUCUUAAUAAAGAGUUUGCUUUUCGUUUACUCGAGGCAUCAGCUUUAAUCGAAGAAAGACAAAUUGAAAAGAAACAAGUUGUUAAUAAUUAUGUUUGCUCGAAUUGUGAACAACUUUCACCUCGUUUUACACCUUAA